AUGUUCCCGUUCCGCGGGCGCGGUUUCCGGCCGCCGACGCGCGCGUCCUCCCGGGCCGCGUCGCCGUCGCCGUCGGCCAAGCGCCGGCGGCCGUCGCGCAUCCCCAGGUCGACGUCCGGCUCUCCCGCCCACCGGCCGGCCGCCGGCAAGCUCAGCACGCCGCGAGUGUCCAGGCCCGCCUCCCCGGGCAACGCGGCCGGACCUGAGGGCGCGCACGAGAACGGCACCGCGCCGGCGCCCAGCAUCGUCACUAACGGCGCGUCGCAGGACAGCCGGCAGUCGCAGGAGGCGGAGCCGGAGGCGGGAGCGGAAGACCCGGCGCUUCUGGGCGUCGGCGAGCGGCCGCAGCACGGGCUGUCCAUCCGGGGCGGCCUGGCCCUCAAGAAGGCGCUCGCGGGCCGGGUCGCCGCUUCCAAGGCCGGCCGCGAGCCACCGCCUCAGGCCCCCGCCGCCGAAGACGAGAGCCGCAGCGGCCACGGAGGCCUCAAGAACGCCGCCAACGUCGCCGCCGUACGCUCCAGGCUCUCGUCGCCGAAGGGGGGCAGGCCCGCACAUAGCGAGGAGCCGGUGUCUCGAGGGGCGAGGCCGAGCGUCGGUACCGCACUCAGACUGGCGUCGCGUCUGCAGUCGCCGAGGAGCAGGCGGAGCGCCCAGCAGCAGGACUCGGGAGGCGGCGAGGACGGCAUCGACGCGCCCCCAGAACCGGAAGACGGCGGCGGCGGUCGUAGAGGCGGCGGCGGCGCCGGCACGGGUCUGGCAGGCGUCGCCAGGCUAGCGUCGCGCGUCCAGUCGCCCUCGGCGGCGACCAGGGGGCGGCGGCAGGAGGAGGCAGCCCGGGGGCAGAAGGCCGGUACCGGAGGCGUGGCCACCGCCCUCUCACUGGCGGCGCGCAUCCAUUCCGGAAAGAGACGCGGCGCGUCGCCGGCCGCGGGUGACGACGACGCAGACGGUGGUGAGGUCGGAGGCGGAGACGGCGGCGGUGGCGGCAUACCGGUGCGCGCGGCCGCGGGCGUGGCGGCGGCAGCUAGGCGCGCCCGCUCCCCCAAAGCUGCGGACGCGGCCAACGCCGCCAGGGGCUCUACUGGAGCCGGCGCACUGAGAGGCGUGGCGGUGGCCGCUUCCCGCCUGCAGUCGCCGCGCGGCCAGAGAGGAGCAGCCAGCGGCGGCGGCGGCGGAGGAGGAGGAACGACGAUGGGAUCGUUCGCGAUGGCAGCGUCUGUGGCCUCUCGAGUCCAGUCUCCGAGGGGCCGAGCCGCUGUUGGCGCCGCAACCGCCGCCCCCGGCUCGUCGGUCGGGUCCGUGGCCGCUGUGGCGUCCGUGGCGUCCAGGGUGCAGUCACCGCGCAGCCGACCGGGAAGCGGCAAGCACUCGUCGCUGGCGUCGACGGCCUCCGUGGUGUCGCGCAUGCAGUCGCCGGGCACCAAGGCGGUCUCCCGGCGCGGCCAGCAGCUGCAGCAGCAGCCGUCCCGGACCGGGGGCCGCCUGGGCGGGCUGAUGACGCUCUCCGUGAUGCGGCGGCGCGCAGACCGCGCGCGCAGGCAGCUCUCCAGCAUCGCCUCCUCCACCUCCCAGGACGUCGACGCCGCCGAGGAGCCCGACCCCGCCGCCUCCGCCGCCACCACGACCGCCGGCCUGCGACCGGACGAAGCGGUGUACGUGACGCCCACGAUGGCUUCGCCGUCCAGCGUGACUGCCACAGUGACCAGCGUGUCCAACCGCACCACCACCACGCCCGCCGCGCUCGCCUCCGCUGACGCUGCCACCCCCGCCGCCUCGACCUCCCACAAGCAGCCGAUGGCGCCCGUCGAGGAGCCCACCGUCACCACCGCCGCAGCGACACAGGUACACCUGGCGUCGGUCUCGCUGCUGGCAGAGCCCAUCAGCGUGUCUGCUGCCCCCGCCGCCUCCGCCGCCCCCGCAGCACCGGCCACGCCCAGCACGCCCGACACGUCUAUCGCGCUGGUGGCCUCCACCACGACGCCCGCCCUGCAGCUGGCCGACCCCGCAGCCGAACCGCAGGCCCAGGAGCAGCAGCAGCCGCAGCCGCACAAGAGCGAAAGGCCCGACGCCAGCCUCUCCGUGGCCUCCAGCAAGGCGGCGCCACCGUUCGGCCCGGCUGCCUCCACCGCCAAGCUGGCGGCGGCAGCGACAACGGCGGAAGCCCCCGGCAAGACACCGAGGGCGGCCAGGGCCCGCGAGUCGACAGCGCCUCGCUAG